AUGGGCGACGCGGGAGCCCCGCCCGCUCCUUCCCCGCGGCCGCCGCGCCCCGGAGCCGCCCGGUCUCGUCGGUCUCCGCGGGAAGCACGCGGCUGCUCCGCCCGCCUGCGCGACCCUGCCGUAAGGCGGCCCGCCCACCGUCGCGACGCCGCCGCGCGAGCCGGGAGGCGCGGCAUGGCGGCCUGCAGGGCCCGCGGGAGGCGCCUGCGCCCGGCGGCGUGGGCCAGCCACUGGCCGCCCCUGUGCCGGCCGCGCGCGGACAGCGGCCCUGCGCGGGCCCCGGAGCGCGGGGAGGCCGCGGCGAGCCGGGCCUCAGCAUUCCGUCCUCCUCCGCAGUCUCGGCAUGAUUGGAUAGGCCCCCCGGAUAAGCACUCCAAUCUGCGGCCCGUCUGCUUCCACGUCCCCGAGCAGGAGUCGCCGCUGCAGCGGCAGCUCAGAGAACUGAGAGGAGAAACACAACAGUGGAACCAGCAGUUCUGGGCGCACCAGAACCUGGCUUUUACCAAGGAAAAAGAGGAGUUUAUCCGCUCGAGACUUGAAGCCAAAGGCCUGGGACCCAGAACGGAGUCUGGUCAGAAAGCAACACUGAAUGCAGAGGAAAUGGCCGAUUUUUACAAGGAGUUUCUUAGUAAGAAUUUCCAGAGGCACAUGGACUAUAACAGAGGCUGGUACAGGCGCAAUCUCACCAUUACCUUCUGCAUGGCGAGAGUGGCCCUGGAGAGGCUCUGGAACACGCUCAGACGGAGGCCCAGGAGCACUUAGCUGCCCGCCUGACCGCCUGGCCCCGGAACACGCUCAGACGGAGGCCCAGGAGCACUUAGCUGCCCGCCUGGCCCUGGUGCCCGCUUGCUGGGCGGGCAUGGUGGACUCUGGAGCUGUGAGUGUCCCCCGUGCCUG